AUGAAAGAUCCUCCUAACCAUGUCGAUCAAAGGAUAAUGGAUCGUAUUCAUGGUUCGAUGAUGGGAAUGGCAUUGGGCGAUGCUGUUGGUGCUCAUGUUGAAUUUCGACCCCGACAUUACCUCGUUCAAAAUCCAGUAACCGAACUAAAAGGUGGCGGCACAUGGGGUCUUAAAAAAGGACAGUUCACCGACGAUACAUCCAUGGCUCUUUGUCUUGCAAAUUCUUUGGUAGCUCGUCGAGAUUAUGUUCCUUACGAUCAACUAGUUCGUUAUAAAUGGUGGUACAGAGAUGGGUAUAUGUCUUCUACAGGAACAUGUUUCGAUAUUGGUGCGGCCACCAGACAGUCAUUGGGUGAAUUUGAACGUCGCCAAACAAAAUUCGCCAAAAAACACGGAAUUCCUUUGGAUGAAUUGGACUUUCUCUCAGAUCUUCAACUCCUGGAGAAGUUCGACGUGAAUUGCAGUAAAGAAGGUGUGGCUGGUAAUGGACCUUUAAUGCGACUCGCGCCUGUGCCAUUAUUCUUUUAUAAAUAUCCUACUCAUGCUGUCGAGUAUUCAGGAUGUAGCGGAUUGAUUACUCAUGGUGAUGACAAAGCCCGCGAUGCCUGUCGUUACUAUGGUGCUUUAAUCGUGGCUGCUGUCAAUGGGACAACAAAAGAGGAACUACUUAAUGAAAAAUUCUACAAAAACAAUAAAGAGUGGUUUGGUGAUAAUCCCCUUCAUCCAGAUAUUGAAAGUAUAGCGCAAGGCUCUUAUCGAAAAGAUGGAUAUGAUAAAGGCAUUCGAGGUAAAGGAUACAUUGUUAGUGCUCUCGAAGCUGCUCUAUGGGCUUUUUGGUCUGAUAAUAACUCUUUUCGAGAAGGUGUUUUGGCAGCUGUAAAUCUUGGUGAUGAUACUGACACAACAGCAGCCAUCUAUGGUCAAUUAGCUGGUGCCUGCUACGGUUAUGAAAAGCUACCCAAAGAAUGGACACAAGAAGUAUAUGCCAAAGGUUUUAUCAAAUGUUUGAGCAAAUGGAUUGCUUAUGAAGGAAUGAGGUGGUCUCCAAAAAGUUCAAAAUCUUUAAAAGUAGCUUCCAUGACUGUUAAUGAGUCAACUGUGAUAGACAAAAAUAGAAACACCUACCUGCAAUCACCAAGAAAAGAAUGUGAUGCACGAUCAGGAUGUGUCUCAAAGUUAGAACUACCGACUGGCUCCCCAACAGAUUCUCUAUCACGAAGUCGUAGUUUGCUCAAAAUGUCUGAAACUUUGAUGUCCGAUUCAAAUGCACAAUCUGGAGACUCUCGUGUAAAAUCAGCGGAACGUCAGGAUCUCAAAUGUGGAACUCAACGUAAGGUCUUUAGAUUUGUAACCAUGUAUAUACGACCAAGGAAAGUUUCACUGAAACAAACAGGAGCUUAA